UAGUAACAGUAUAGAUAGAUAUAGUGUGUUAUUGCAGACAGUGCAUUGUAAUGUUCUAUACAGUGUUCCUGAACUACUGAGUAUAACAAUGUGCUGCAAUAACUGUCCCCUUCAUCCCCCUCUUUAAUAAGAUUACAGGAAUUCCCCAGGUCCUGCUGUGUAUUUCUUUGCUAUUGUGUAACCUUCCCUCCCCUACAAACACCUGUUGUGAAAUAGCAGUUAUUUACUUUUAGACUUAACGGGAAUUCUCUUCUCCCUUCCUCCUCUCUAGUUAACACAUUGCACCAUUCUCCUCCUAACCAGUCACAAGAAAAAGAGACCGUCUAGGAGAGGACACAGAUCUGCAGAAUGUGGUCUUUACUGAUCUCACAAAUUGCAAUUUUUAGUUCCAUCUUUACGUCCGGAUCCCUGGCAGCUCCGCCUCCUCCAGUUAAUGGACAAUGUGAUCUCAGCAAAGUGGCAAUUAUAGGGGGUAACUUCACAGUAAGUGAUGAGGGCAACAGGGGCAGUGUAGUCAAAUACAGCUGCCCUAAAGGAAAGUACCCUUACCCGGCUUAUAUUCGUGAUUGCCUGUAUAACGGCAAAUGGACUGAUCAGAAUAAGAAGGCUAUUUGUAAAGAUGUUCGCUGCCCCAGACCAUUAUCAUUUGAUGGUGGAGAUUUCUACCCAAAGCAAAAUUUUUACAAUGUAGGGGCUGUCCUGAAUUUUGAGUGCUAUGAUGGAUUUAGGAUCCGUGGAUCUGUUAAUCGGACGUGCCAAGAGAAUGCGAAGUGGAGCGGGAAAACCACUAUAUGCGAUGAUUUGUCUGGGGACUGCCCUGAUCCAGGAAUUCCAAUAGGUACCACUAAAGCAGGAAAUUCAUACAAAGUAGAAAACAAGGUCUACUAUGAAUGUCAAGGGGGACUGGAAAUGUUUGGAUCAAAAAUGAGACAAUGCCAAGAGAAUCACCAUUGGAGUGGAACCGAACCUUCUUGCAGAGCAUGGUACGCAUAUGACACCCCUGAGGAAGUUGCAGAAAGUUUCUUUUCCACCCUUUCUGCAAACUUUAAUGAAGUUGACCCUGAUAAAGUAGAUAUAGACUUUAGUGAAAGGAAAAUCAAUAUUGUGCAAGGAGGUUUUUUGAACAUUUUCAUUGUCUUGGACUCUUCAAAAAGUGUUAUUAAAGAACACUUUGAAACUGCAAAGGGGAGCUGCGAAGUCCUAAUAGAAAAGAUAUCCAGUUUCGAUAUAGAGCCAAGGUACUCUCUGAUCUCAUACACUUCAAAGCCAAUAGAAAUCGUGGCUCUGAGAGAUGACGAGAGUUUGCAAGCAGAUGAAGUAAUAAAGAGACUGAAAGAGUUUAAUCGUGAAAAAGCGCAUGAUGACCGUCAGGGCACUAACACAAGAGAAGCCCUCCUGGCUGUGUACAAACAGCUGAGUGAGCAGGAAAACAGAGACAAGGAAAACUUCAUGAAGACGCACAAUGUUAUUGUGCUAAUGACAGAUGGAAAGUAUAAUAUGGGAGGUGAUCCACGAGAAGCUGUCAAGAAGAUCAGAGACAUACUGGACGUCAGAAAUGGAAGAGAGGAUUUUCUAGAUAUCUAUGUCUUUGGCCUUGGUGAGAGAAUUGAUCAAAUUGAGAUUAAUGAUCUGGCUUCCAAGAAAGAUAAUGAGGUUCACAACUUUCACUUAGAGAAUGCCGAUGGAAUGAAAAAAGCUUUUGAUAACAUGAUAGAUGAGGCAGGCGCUAUGGAUAUGUGUGGUCUCUCCAAAUAUCAUUCAGAGGAUCCAGAAGAGAAAUAUCCUUGGAUCUCUAAAAUAACAAUCACACGCCUAGGUGCAGAAGAGAAGUGUAAAGGCUCCAUAGUAACCGAGUAUUAUAUCCUGACAGCCGCUCACUGCUUUAUUGUGGAUGACUUGGAAUCUCCUGACAAAACCAAGGUUCAUAUAAAUGGAAAACAAAAGAAUGUUAAAAGUAUAAAACGUCACCCAAAAUACGACCCUGCAGCCAAACAGGACAAAAAUAUUCCAAAAUCAUUUGAUUAUGACUUGGCCCUGAUCGAACUGAAAGACAAGAUUGAAUUCUCCAGUACAGCCAGACCUCUCUGUUUACCUUGUACCAAGAGUACGUCAAGAGCUCUGAAGAUGCCACUAGAAGGAAUAACAUGCCAACAGCACAUAAACGCACUACUCUCUGGAGAUCUCGUGAAAGCACAGUUCAUUGCGGAAGAAAAAGUAAGAGAAUUUGAGGCAAAGCGAGUCCAGAUAAAGCAAGGAAACCAGAGGAAUGCCUGCCUAGAAGAUGCUAAGCUGGUAAAGAACUUUGAGAAUGUGGCUGAUAUUCGUGAUGUUGUGACUGACCAAUUCCUGUGCACCGGUGGAAUAGAACCAACAGUAGAUGAUAUAACAUGCCAAGGAGACUCCGGAGGACCGCUUCUUAUCCCAAUUAGAAAUGAAAAGAGAUUUAUUCAGGUGGGAGUAAUAAGUUGGGGGACAGUGAUUCACUGUAAGAACUCUGUAAGGUUUACCAAACCAGUUCCAAAGGAGGCUCGUGACUUUCAUUAUAAAAUUAAUGAUGGUCUUGACUGGCUAAAAGAGAUCCUUGGGGGUGAAGGCUUGGAAUUCCUUGACUAAACAGAACAAAUCUACGAGUUUCAAAUAAAAAAACAUGGCAUGAAGAUUUUGAUCCUGUCCUUGAACCCCCUCUGCCUGGUCAACAAUAUACAUCAAUAAGGCCACCAAACCAUUAAAUCCUUACACAGGUAAAAGAGGGCUGAGAGUCUGCCCCUCCCUCUACAGGGUGAAAGACAGAUUGGAUCAAUGAGUCUCUACCACUGAAGGAUAGAACAGAAGGGAGCUAUGAUUCUGUCCCUCUUUGACUUAUUAAAAAAAUUGCUAUACAUUCCAGUAUCUCUCCCCUUAAAGUUUACAUAGACUAUCUCCUUUUUUUAAACUUUAAAAUACUUAAAUAAAAUGUAUAUCCUAUACAGUCAUAUUUUUUUUGUACUAUUUGUUUAAUUUUUGCAGAUCACUGCUGUGUUGCAAUCUAAUAAUAAAUGUAAACAGUGGCGAAACGCGUUACAUAAAGUUGUAUAAAGCACAAAAUAAACAUCUAAAAACUU